AUGAAAACGUUCAACUUUUAUUCUAGACAAGCAUUUCAGAAUCUUCAAGCAGAUACAUCAGAAGAAUACACAAUCAAGUUAAAUGUCGGUCAAAGAAAUCUUGAAGUUUCAGCAAAAUUACUUCGUUCUUACAGUAGGAACGUUAAAAAUGACUAUAAAGAGGGAAAAAAGGAGAGAGAAUAUAAUGUUAAUGUAACAAUAAGCGACAAAGCUUUUCAAAUCUUACAGACAUUAUUAAUUAAAUUAGACUGUCAUAUUGAGAUUAUAGAAGAUACUCUGUUAGAUUUGUACAAAGUAGGUAAAUGUCUUGGUAUAGAUGACUUCAUUGAAUGGUAUAACCAUGCAUUACAAUAUAGAACUAUUACUCUUGAAAACAUUGAUGAAUUUAUUGAAUUUGUAAAAAUUUCCAGAUCAAACAAUUCUGGCAUGUAUCAGUCCAUAAUUAACUUUAUUGCUGAAAACAUUUUAGAUAUCAGUAUCGAAGAUUUGAAGCGUAAAUGCACAAUUUGUGAUAUGAAGCUAUCAGAUAACAUGGAUUUCAUUCAAAAAAUCAUAGCAAAAUGUGCUCAACUUGGUCAUUUUCAAGAUGAUGCCUAUAUUGAUCACCUCUAUGGAUUUCUUCUGGAACUAUUCAAAGAAUCGGCUAUUUUUGGUUGUUUCUUCAAUAAAUUUGAUUACAAUAAAAUUAAAGCAAAUCAAAUGAAUCAAUUGUUGGAUUUAGUUGGAAAUAAAGAAUAUAAAGAUUAUCACAGCAAAAUAUUGGAAAUGCAAAAGAAAAGGAAUCUCUUGACUGAUGAAAAUCCAAAAGAAUUACUUAAAUCUAACAUAGCAUUUGAAAAAUCAAUUGAAAUCCUCAGCAAUGUGAUUUUACAAAAGAAUAAUAAAGAAGAUUCUUAUCCACUUUAUUUGAAAGCAUAUGGUCUUAAAGAUGAUUUCAAUAGCUUAUAUAAAUUCCUCAAAAUAAUGUCAAUGAUUAAAAAUUUUUCACCAAUUCGAGUUGCAUGUGCAAUUGGCAUAUCAGAGAAAACUGAUAAAAAUGGAAAUACAAUACUUUUAGUCGCAUGUAUUAACAAUGAUAUUGAGCUUGCCAAAAUAUUGAUUGAAAAUAAAUGCAAUAUGUAUGCAGAAAACUCAAGUCAUAACAAUGCUGUAUUAUGUGCUGCCAUAUACGGAAGCAUAGAUGUCUAUCAAUUUCUUGAAAGCAAUGGAUUUGAUAUUACUCCAGUAUUGCUAAAAUCUUCCUUUUUCAAAGCUUGUAGAAGUGGGCAGCUCGGAAUGAUUAAAUAUCUUAAAGAAAAUAAAGGUUUUAAUAUAGAAAAGGACGGAGAAAACUGCAUUGCAUUAGCAGUCAUAUCAGGAAAAUUGGAAGUUAUAAAGUAUUUAAUCUCAAACAAUGCAAAUCCCUCAUUUUCAUUAUGA